AUGUCUUUCCAGCUUUCAGCUCCAGUGCCCUUAAGUGAUAAUUCGGAAAGCGUAUUGACCAAGACAAUUGGCGAGUCGUUGAAAGUUGAGGGUGAUUUGUCGCAUGUAUUUGAGGUGGACAAAACAGUCGACUUUAUUCGCUCAAACGGUUAUAAGUCUGUAGCUUUACAAUUUCCUGAUGAACAUCUCGCAGAUGCUGGUCGUGUAGCAUCGCUGAUUUCUAAGCAAGUGGAUGCUACUGUUCAAGUACUUGCUGAUACAAAUUACGGAAGCUGCUGCGUCGAUGAAGUAGCUGCUGAACACAUGUUUGCAGAUGCCAUUGUGCACUAUGGAAGAGCAUGUCUUUCUCCUACAUCCAGACUUCCUGUUCUUUAUGUAUUUGGAAGACUACCAAUUGAUGCGAACAAAAUAGUUACCAAUCUCACAGAGAAGUUCCCUCUUGACAGUCCAAUUUUGAUCGUUAGCGAUACUCGGUGGUAUUAUUGUCAAGAUCUUAUUGUUCAAAAGAUGAAAGAAGCUGGCUUCAAAACGAUCAUUGCGUCCACAUUAGUUAAACGAGAAGAACCUGAUUUGGAAUUGGAAGCCUGUACAACCAUCCCAGGACGCCUUUUUCGUUUACCAGAAAAUCUUACGCUAGCCGAUGUUUCUUUGGUUUUUGUAGGACCUGACUCUCCCACAUUAACAUCCAUUUUGAUGUCCCAUUACUCAGUUGUUAAAGAUUUUUGGUCUUUCGAUCCUAUAAAGGGGACAAUAACUGAAGAAUCCUCAUUCGGCGGUGCCAAACUUCGAAGACGUUAUGCUUUGGUGCAGAAAUGUCGAGAUGCAGGUGUGAUUGGUAUCAUCGUUGGUACUUUGGGUGUCUCGAAUUAUCUAAAUGUAUUAGAUAGACUUCGAAAGAUUAUUCUUAAUGCUGGUAAAAAGCCAUAUAUUUUGGCCAUUGGAAAAUUGAAUCCUGCAAAGUUGGCCAACUUCCAAGAAAUAGAGUGUUUUGUUUUAAUCGCUUGUGGUGAAAACAGCUUAAUUGAUAGUAGGGACUUCUAUCGCCCAAUUGUCACUCCCUUCGAGUUAAUGAAGGCGCUUUCAUCUGAUACUUCCUGGUUAAAUGAAUGUGUAUUAUCAUUUGAUCGUGUGCUUUCAUUGACAGAAGAACAAGAAAGCAAUACUGAAAAGAACGACGCUUUACAUGAAGAAAGUGAAAGUCCUCAUUUCAGUCUCGUAACGGGUAAGCUUGUUAAUUCAGCACCUAUGAGGCAUGUAGAACUUUCCUUGGAUACCGAUGAAGAUAACACAGGAAAAUUGAACGAGGAUGGGUCUAGCGCCGUUGAAAAGCGUUCUAAACGGGAUCUUACAGUUAACGGUGUAUACUCGCCUGCUGCCGCAUAUCUCCAAUCUCGGUCAUGGACUGGUCUAAGUUCUGUGCCUGAGGAUGCCGCUCCAAGCAAGCUUUAUCAAGGGCAAAAGGGAAUUGCCAAAGGAUAUGUCGGUGAAGGCGAUAAAGGGGAUAAAAAUGAUGAAAAAUGCUCUGAUUAA